UGGCGUGUCAGAAGCACCCGGUGAGGAGUCGAGAAGGUUUACCAGGGAACAGUUAUUUACCAUGGCUGCGACAGCUACUAUAAACUUCAGUUCAAUGAUAUGUUAUUCUAUCCUGGGACCCUUUUUCCCUUUAGAGGCAAAAAGAAAAGGUACCAGUAAUACUGUUGUUGGUCUGAUUUUUGGAUGUUUUGCUUUGGUCAAUUUCCUGACUGCUUUAAUCUUGGGGAAUUAUCUUACAUAUAUUGGAGCAAAAUUCAUGUUUGUCGCUGGCAUGUUUGUUUCUGGAUGUGUGACCAUUCUGUUCGGAAUGCUGGACAAGGUGCCAAGUGGACCAAUGUUCAUUGGUUUGUGCUUUUUAGUAAGAGCAAUGGAUGCAGUAGGUUUUGCAGCAGCAAUGACAGCAUCAUUUUCAAUCCUUGCAAAGGUGUUUCCCAAUAACAUAGCUACUGUCCUGGGCAGCCUUGAAAUUUUUACAGGACUUGGACUGGUGUUGGGCCCACCUUUAGGUGGCUUUUUGUAUCAAUCAUUUGGUUAUGAGGUCCCUUUCAUUACACUGGGAUGCAUAGUCUUGGUCUUGGUGCCUGUGAAUAUGUGCAUAUUACCAAAAUAUGAUUCAAUCCCUAGCAAGGAGUCCUUUUGGAAGCUCAUUCUUCUGCCAAAAGUCUUACUACUCUGUCUUACUAUAUUUUCUCUAAGUGCAUGCUUGGGCUUUUUGGAUCCCACAAUGUCUCUAUUUAUCCUAGAGAAGUUCAAACUCCCAGCUGGUUAUGUGGGCUUGGUAUUCCUCGGUUUGGCACUCUCUUACUCCCUGUCUUCUCCCCUCCUUGGACUUCUAAGUGACAAACUGCCAUACCUCAGGAAGUGGUUGCUGGUAUCUGGAGGCUUAAUGGCAGCACUGUGCUUUUUCAUGUUAGGUCCUGCUCCUGUACUGCACAUUGAAAGGUACAACUGCCUCUUCUUGAACCGUUCCUCUUAUGUGAUGUUUUUCCAGCUGUGGAUGUUUGUGCUGGUGCUCGUUUUGAUUGGCUUUUCCCUUGGCAUGAGUGCUAUCCCAGUGUUUCCAGAGAUACUGCAAUGUGCAUAUGAGAAUGGAUUUGAAGAAGGUCUGAGUCUGCUGGGACUGGUGUCUGGGCUCUUCAAUGCCAUAUGGUCCCUUGGGGCAUUUGCAGGUCCCACUCUAGGAGGAUUUCUAAAUGAAAAGCUGGGUUUUGAAUGGGCCUCAGCCAUCCAAGGAGGAUGUGUACUGCUAAGUGGUCUGGCAACUGGAAUAUUCUAUAUCACUGAGACAACAAGGAGAAGUUCCAGUUCCAGCCUGCAAAAUCCUCCUGGUGAUAAUGAAGAAAGAACUCAUCUGGUGGGCAGUGAAACAUAGCCAGAAAUACUUUCAAUUCUCUGUUUGCUCUUGUGGUUUAACCUAGUGUUGAGAUGAGUGGACUUAAUAGUGUUUCAUUACUCUGGAGCUGGAGUAAAUGAUCCCUUAAUGAACAACCAGUUGUGGUUUAGUUGUAGCUGCUGUUUUGAAAUGCUAAACACUGACUGCCUUUCUUCUGGAAGUCCUUGCGUGGAUUGGCUGGAGUGAUGAGUAACCCUCAGAUGUCAGCCUUUUUAAUUGUAUUCCAUAUACAGUGCACCACUGUAUGUGAAGAGAUGUAUUUUCAAAUGUCUAGUUUCUAUACUUGAGCCUGCUGUGCACUAUUUUUGGGUGGAGCUACUAUUUUGCUACCAUGAUUUUCUGUAUUUUUUUAAAGAAA